AUGAUGCUGCUCAGGAGGGGGCUUUCGACAGGGGGACCCCCCUUCCCCGCCUUUGCUGCUGAUGGGGGCCCCCGCAGCAGCGGCUUCAAUCCGCACCUGCAUCAAAUCACCACUUCCGUUUACCCUUAUUUCCCCAUCACUUCCGUUCAGCCUCACAGUGCCUCGCUGGGAAGGGGAGGCCCUCUGCUGCUGUCUUCUGCAAACCUCCCCGAGGGCCCCUCUCACCAAGACGGGAGCAUAAAGGGUACUGCACAGACAGCGACGGGCCGUCUGUGGGGCUCCCAUGUCCCUCUUUACCUAGUGCUCAUGCCAAAAUCCCCGUGGUUGCAUCUGCGGCAGCUGCCGGUGCAGCAGCAGCAGCAACAGCUGCUGCAGCGGCAGCUACUGCGCGUGAGGGCCCCAGGAGGCCCCCCGACCCCACAUAUGUACAGGUGCAUGCACAGCAUUCCUCUGGAGGAACAAAAGCAACAACAACGGCAGAAGUUGCAAGAGCAGGGGCAGACUGAGCCGCAGCAGCAGCAGCAGCCGGAGCAGCAGCAGCAGCAGCAGCACCAGCAGGAAGGAUGGGAUGCCUUGGCUUCGGGUCCUCCUUCGGUUCGUUUGAGUCGAGUUGUCUUGCUGAACAAAAUUACGCGUUUCGAGGUAUCCUUGGCUGAGAGAAUGGCUGCCUGGAGGCGGCAGCACCUCUCCCACAGCAAAAGCAGCAGCAGCAGCAGGAGUGGCAGCACCAGCAGCGUGGAAGCAGAAGCAAAAGGACCGGCAGCUGCAGCAGCAGCACGAGCUGCAGCAAAACCAGGAGAGAAGGGUGUAGGGGAUACUGAUGCGGCUUUGUACACGCCUGGCAGCCGUGCGUACGAAGCGGCAGCAGCAGCAGCUGAAGCAGCAGCAGCAGCAACACUGGCCCGCGACUUCCCCACGGCCUAUCGCACGCAUCUGCUGCAUCAGAAAGCAGCAGCGGAGCUGUACAGACAGCUGAGAGAGGAAUACGGACUCCACGUGACGCUAAUCAAGGCCAGAACUGUCCAGGGCCUUCGUCUCACCCGCAAAGGAGCCGUCGCCUUGCCUCCUGAUGCCAUCAUCUCAGCAGGAGGUGACGGUACGUAUCUGGAGGCGGCCUCAAUAAUCCCCGGUUACAUCCCAGGUGGCCCCUCCGGGCCCUGGCUAUUUGGCUUUAACACUGACCCCUCCCGCUCGGAAGGCAGGCUCUGCGUGAAGCCCCCCAAACGCAUGCAGCAGCAGCAGCAGCAGCAGCAGCAGCAGCGGCAGCAGCAGCAACAGCUCGAAGUGCAACAAGAACAGCAACCGCAGCAGCAACAGAAGCAGGAGCAUGAAUCGCAGCAGCAGCAGCAACAACAGCAGCAGCAGCAGUCGGUUGCUGUUGGUGCCCCGCUUAUGUUUCAAACCCCCCGCGUUCCGGGGCCCCCAGCUUCUGCCGGUGACAAGGGCAAGGUAUCGGGGGCCGUCGCUGCAGUGGGGGGCCCUGGGGAUCACCCAGCAGGUGAGGCUGUAGAGUUUGUUAAGGAGUGCGACGAUGCAGCGGAUGUGGAGGUGUACGUACGCCGCACGCUGCAGCACCUGCUACAAGGGGGGGCCCGUCUGGUGUCUCGCCAGCGCAUUCGCCUGACUUUGUCUUUCCCGCUGUGCAUGCAGCAACAGGUCAUGCAGCGCCUAGCUGCUGUUGCUCCCGACGGGUCUGCAGCAGCAACCGGCAACAGCAGCAGCAGCAGCAGCAGCACGGGGAGUGGUUGUGGUAGUAGUAGUGGAACAGGGAGUAUGCACAGCAGCGAGCGGGUGGGCCCUCAGACGGUUGGGGCCAACAUGAGUCAAGUUGCUGCAGAGCUGCUGCAUAUUGAAUCUCAGAGGGAGAAACACUCUGUGGGAGGGGCCCCCCUAACAGGGUCCCAGGGGGGCCCCCAAGCGGGUCCCCACGGGGGGCUCCCCUUGAAACAGGAGGGGGUGCCCUACUCUGCAGGCGGUACAGAUAGCAAGGGACCCCCCUCUGCAGCAGCAGGAUGGGGGGGUGGGGCCCAGGGUUGGGGCCCCUGUUUUGAGGGUCUCACGUUCGAUGCAGCAAAAGCGCAGGGACGAGGAGAAGGAGAUGAAGCGGUCAAAGAAGAGACAAUGAAGCUGUGUCUGCCACUUUUAUCUGUUAAUGAUGUUUUUGUCUCGGAUGCAAAUGUAGCAAAGACUCUUUAUGCUGAUGUUUGGACAGCAGCAGGCAUUUGCCUUUAUGCAGAAGAGAAGAGGCGGCGGCUUCUCAAGCUGAGCCACUCUGGGCUGGGGUGUAAUUUGGAGGCGUAUUAUCGUGUCAAGGCGUACAGUACGGGAUCGAGCGCGUGGAAUUACAACAUGGGCUCCAUCGGGAAGGAACAGGCCAAGGCCGUAGCAGAGCAGUUAAUGCACCUGAGGCCCCAACUCAAAGAAUGGGGACCCCUCAGCGAUGCGGAGCUGCAGCAAAUAGUCUCGGGGGCCAACCACCAUCUCCUCCUGGACCCUGGGGCCCUUCUCCUGCGUUUUCUUGUUCGAGAGCCGAUUGAAAACAGGGUUUUCUCUUGCGAGCGGAACAUGGGGGUGGGCCGAGAGGUGCGGGUGAAGCCUCUGGCUGGAGAAAUUGUUGUGGCGUUGGACGGCCUGGUGCAGCUGCAGCUGCCGCCCUUAGUGGAGAUUCAGCUGUCUGUACAUCCCAGCGAUGCCCUCUGGACUGCCCAGUGA